AUGUCCCGCACACGUCAACCGCAAACCCCCCAAACAACCACCGAAUCGCAGGAGGAAACAGUUCCUAUUUCGACAACAUUACGAUUACGAGCCGAAGAAGCACCUGAGGCAACCUCCUCAUCUCGGCGCAUAAGAUGGAGCGAAGACGUAGUCGAUAAUGAAGGCAUGGGCAAGAAAAGCUCUAAAGUAUGCUGCAUCUACCACAAAGCCCGACCAGUGGGAGAAAGUAGCUCAGAGGAUUCCUCUAGCUCGUCAGAUAGUGACAGCGACAGCGACAGCGAAGACGACCGUCGCACGGCCAGGAUGAAAUCUCGUCGUACAAGUCCCCACGAUCACGACCACGAACAUGACCACGAUAAAGAUUGCUCAAAUGAUCACGACCAUCCUAAGCCCAAGAAGGCGAAGAGGAAACCGAGUCCGAAUGCAUAUGAGAAAAUGCCUAAGCCUUCGAAAAACCAUGAUCCUAGAAGAGGAUUCUGA